AUGUCUCAGGAAAGAAGACUGGUGCUGGAGGAGACUUCUGUCCUGGUUUUAGGGGGCACAGCAUGUGUGCUGACCGGGCAGCCCUUUGACACCUUGAAAGUGAAGAUGCAGACGUUCCCUGACCUGUACCGGGGCCUCACCGACUGCUGCCUGGAGACCUACUCCCAGGUGGGCUUCCGCGGCUUCUACAAGGGGACCAGCCCAGCGCUGAUCGCCAACAUCGCCGAGAACCCAGUCCUCUUCAUGUGCUACGGCUUCUGCCAACAGGUGGUGCGGAAAGUGGUUGGAUUGGAGAAGCAGGCCAGGCUGAGCUGGUUUCCUUCCACUGAUCUGCAGAACGCAGCCGCGGGUUCCUUUGCCUCUGCCUUUGCGGCCCUGGUGCUCUGCCCCACUGAGCUCGUCAAGAGCUGGCUACAGACCAUGUAUGAGAUGGAGUCGUCAGGGAAGAUCACCAGAAGCCACAACACAGUCUGGUCCGUGGUGAAGAGCGUCCUCGGGAAGGACGGCCCCUUGGGCUUCUACCACGGCCUCUCCAGCACCUUGCUCCGAGAGGUGCCUGGCUAUUUCUUCUUCUUUGGCGGCUACGAGCUGAGCAGGUCGUUUUUUGCAUCGGGGAGACCGAAGGAUGAGCUGGGCCCUGUCCCUUUGAUGUUAAGCGGUGGAGUUGGUGGGAUCUGCCUCUGGCUUGCUGUUUACCCAGUGGAUUGCGUCAAAUCCAGAAUUCAAGUUCUUUCCAUGUCUGGAAAACAGGCAGGAUUUAUCGGAACCUUUAUAAGCAUUGUGAAAAGUGAAGGGAGAAUAACGGCCUUAUACUCUGGACUGAAACCCACAAUGAUUCGAGCGUUCCCUGCCAAUGGGGCGCUCUUUCUGGCCUAUGAAUACAGCAGGAAGCUGAUGAUGAACCAGUUCGAAGCCUACUGAAGUGUCCUGGCAAACCGAGGUCCAAAUCUAGGCACGUGACCACUACAGUUCAUCUCAGGGUUUCACGGAGUACAAGACCAAUGGGGAAUUA